AUGGCUCGCCAUCUUAGCUGUCGACCUCAUCGACAACAACGAAGGCAUGGUGCUGGUGGGACUCGCGGGCCCGUCUGGCGCCGGGGGCUGAGGGAGGGGCGCACAGUGCAGGUGCCAAUCUAUGACUUGAAGAGCAGCACGCGCGUGGGGUUCAGAGAAGUGAACGUGCCCAAGUCGCGCAUGGUGAGUAUAGAGGGCAUAUACGCUCUCAGCAGCCAAGAUGGUUGA